CCUGGGCGGCGUAGGCGUGCAAGAUUAGUAAUGAGGGCCAACUUGCAGCCCAGGGGCUGCCGAGCGACGGCUGAUCGGUCCUUGUGGCGCUCUCAGCGUUUGCGAGUCAGUGUUCGGCCUGCUGCUAGCAUGCAGCUGCCAUCGGAUUUUAGGGACGCUUACGUUGACCUCGCACACCAGCUUGCCGAUGCGGCCUCGCAAGUCACGCGCAAGUACUUCCGGACGUCGUUUGAUGUCGAGUCAAAGGGCGACGCGAGUCCUGUGACCAUCGCUGAUCGCCAGGCUGAAAUUAUCAUGCGAGAGAUCAUCGAGCGCACAGUUCCGGAGCAUGGUAUCUUCGGCGAGGAACACGGGCUGAAGUUCGGAAGCGGUGCGGGUUCAAAGUACAUGUGGGUGCUUGACCCGAUUGAUGGGACCAAGAGCUUUAUCACCGGCAAGCCGCUGUUCGGGACCUUAAUCUCCUUAGUGUAUGAGGGGUCCCCUAUUCUGGGCAUCAUCGACCAGCCUAUCACCAAGGAGCGCUGGGUGGGUGUAGCGGGACGGUCGACAUUUCUCAACGGUCAGGUGCUGAAGACCCGGCCCUGUCCUGAUGUCAAGCUAGCAUACCUGUAUGCAACGACGCCACACAUGUUCUCAGGUGACAACGAAAAGGCCUUCAAUCGAUUGCGGGACAAAGUGCGGAUUCCUAUGUACGGCUGCGACUGCUACGCGUACGGCCUGUUAGCAGCGGGGCAUUGUGAUCUGGUAGUGGAGGCCGAUUUGAAGCCGUACGACUACAUGGCACUUGUGCCUAUCGUACAGGGAGCUGGUGGCGUGAUGACGGACUGGCGGGGCCGUCCACUGGUGUGGCAGCCCGCCCCGGGGAGCACCGACCUCAAGGCAGGGUGGCCGGGGGAGGUGUGCGCAGCUGGGGAUGCGGCCCUGCACCGCCAAGCUCUGGAGCUGCUGGACUGGCAGCACUGAGGACGGCAGCAUAUGAGACAGGAUCUUGAGAUGAUGUUGAGCUUCAUCCGGUAUAGGGAUCCGGUAUGGGGACAGGGUUGCGCCUGUUUGAUUUGGACAGGUACCGGCGACCAGACUAGUGGACGGGGCGCGACGGACAAAGUGUCGGGCUUCCGGGACAGGAUAGGAUGCCAAAGCGGCGCUGGCAAAGGAUGCAUUCUAACGGAGAUGUGGAUCCGGUAUUUAUGUGGGUGGCAGUGGCAUAAGAAAAUGGCUGCAGCAUCUCGGUCCAAAUUUUACUAUCCAGUGGUUUCACAGUGAUAUUUGCGGUGCACUGCGACAGUGGGCAUAUGAAAGGAUGCAAGUCUUUAUAAGUGUGAUAGCCAGGUUAGUAGAUAUGCACAUUUGGCAAAAAUAAAACUCUUUUUUUGUUCAGGGAACCCAUCUUAGCCGGGAAGCUGACCAUUUAAAAUUACAAAUUAAGUUCGCUAGGCAAGCAAAGUCAUCGCUCAUUGCUUUGCUCAUACGAAUGAUCUGAUUCAGACCAUUUGCUCCAUCCCCUAUGUAUUUGUACACGACGAUC